ACCCCCGGCUGUACCACACUCUGUCAUGCGUCUCCAAGACGCUGGCGCUGGUGGUAGGAGGACGAACGUCCCCGUCAAGUCCAGGUUUGGGAAUGCUGUGGCUGAAGUUCCCCGAGACCUGGAAUGCCUCCGACCCGGCUGACGUGAGGGUGGAGCUUGCCAGGGUGCAGCCUGCUGCUCAGCCAGCUGCACUGCGUUGGAGGCACACGGCGACGGAAGUAACAUUCCAAGGUGAGAAGUACCUGUUCGUGUUCGGCGGCCGCUCUGCAGCGGAGCCCGUGCUGGGGGAUUGGUGGUUCCUGCGCACGGAUGAGCUUUCCCGCGCUGCGAUUCCCGUUGAGGGCCCGGCACCGGAAUGCCGUCACUCUCACAGUGCCUGUGGCUGGGAGGGAGGAGUGCUCAUUGCCGGAGGCUUGGGACCAGCGGAGCAGCCCUUGGGAUCAGUUUUCUUUCUGAGGGAGCUUGGCCAUGGCUUUCAGUGGCAGACGGUGGAGACGCACCCACCCCUCGUCCCAAGGUACUCUCACACUGCUCACGUGCAUGAGGGGAAGCUGCUGCUCGUUGGCGGAGUGUGGCUUCACUCGCCCUCGGUGCCAGGCGUCACCGUCAUCGACGUGCUGACAGGGCUCUGCCUGGACUACGCGGUUGACACGGAGCGGCUGGAGUGGCCACUAAUGCUGCAUAAGCACAGCAGCGUCUUGCUGCCGGAGGAGAAGGAGCUGUUGGUUAUCGGGGGCGGAGGGAACUGCUUCUCCUUCGGGACUCACCUGAACCCAGAGCCGGUGUCACUGAGCCUCGGCAGCAUCCUGACCAGGCACUGA